AUGAUCGUUGGCGAGCUGCCGGUGGACGGCCCGUUCGCCAAGCCGCUGGUACGGCCGGGUCUCAGGCUCGACCGCACCGAACGGGCCUCGAUCGCAAAGAGCGAACAGUUAGAGAGUGAGCUAGCAUCGCUCGGCGGCACUACUGCCACCGUUGACGAGGAGAUUGACGACACGCGCAACGAAGACGAUGCACAGCCGCCGGUAAGUUUUGCGAGGGACAGCCAAUACCUGUCACUGCCGAAGGGUGAUUACGAGCAAGACAGCGGGAUACAGCUGCUAAGCAAAUCGGGCGGCUCGAUACUGAGCAACGCGAAGGCGAUGCCGGCAAAGUAUAACCACCAUCACAACCACCAUGGGUCCAGCACGAUGCUGGAUCAGAUACCGGAGGAUCUGGAGUCGCGCCGCAAUGGUGCUGGUGAAACGUACACAUCCGGUCGGCGCCGGUCCUCGGUGGCGCCUGACGGGCACGGUAUCGGACCGACGAAACCAUCGCUGAUGGCCGCUAUCCGGCGGGGUUCGCUGGCAUGGUUGCCGGGCCGGCGUCAUCAAAACAACGACCUGGAGUCGAACAUGGGCAGCAAGGUGUCGCUAAGCCAGCUGCCACCAUUGAGCGGACCGCUGAGCGAGCAGGCGCUAGAGUCGCGCCGCAAGAACAGACGAUUUGGCGACGACGCACUCAGUACAGCACUGUCCGCUCUGUACGCGAAGAUCAUCGUCAUUCUGGGAAUCGCACUCCCCGUCACCGAGAUCCUCUCCUCCCAGAUACCGGCCAAUGUUUACCAGGGGUUCUACCUGUUUCUCUACACCGUCAGCAUCGCGUUUGUAAUCUUCGUGUACGCCUCCAAUAUGCGGCGACGUGCAGUGCUAACGCUAAUCAAAAGCUAUCAUGAGAAAACAAGCACCAGCAGCGGUUCGAUGAAAAAACGCAUACCACACUUUGGCAGCUUCUAUCUGCGGGUCGGUGCCAUCGCGUUCGGCAUCGGUACGAUGGUGUACUCCGGUCUGGAGUUCGGACAGUACUUCGAGCUGAAUGCAUCGCCCGGUUGUUCCAGCAUCUUCAUUGCAUUGACUCCAGCGGCCCGGAUGCUGCUGUCCCUGGUGCAGAUGCAGUUCAUCUUUCUCAACACGUCCGAUCUGGAUAUGGCCCGGCAUAAGGUGUUCGCGCGGUUCGGCCUAAUGCACAUGGUCGCCACCAACCUCUGCGAGUGGUUGUACGUGUUGGUGGAGGAGACAAAGCACGAGAUUCACCAUCUCGCCCAUACGACGCAUCACAAAGGAGAUGCAUCUGAUACGCAUACAGCAAUAGCUGCGGCUAUCGUCACAUCGACCACCAGCGUCAGUGUCUCCAGCACUACUGAGAGCCCCGAAUCAUCGGAAGAAUUGCUGGAUGCCGCACUCAAUCACACGCUGGUCCGACGGGCUACCGGUGCCGAAUCUGCCGAGUACGUCGACUGCCAACGCACCAACAUUAUGGGGUCUCUCGUGCAAAACGUGUCGCCCUUUCUCUUCCCCUGCACGAUCGAGUACUCGCUCAUCUGUGCUGUGAUCCUGUACGAGAUGUGGAAGAAGGUGAAAACGAUUGCGGAAAUUGAUCGGACGCGCCGCAGCUCGAUCAAGGUGCAGACCGGGGCCGGUUCCAAGAGUGCGCACCACUUCUCCGUUGACUGUUCCCGUGCCCACCGGGGCAUGUUUGGCGGGAUCCUGCUGACGGUGUUCACGAUCAUCUGCCUGAUAAUGUACUUCGUCCUGUACGACGAGCCGGGGUACGAGUACUUCGCGAUCCAGGAGGUGACGAUCGCGGAAACGCUCAUGUACGCGCUGACCGCGGUUGCGGUGGUGGUCGCCAUGUUGAAGAUGCGCGACCUGAAGUACCAGCGGAAGAAGAACGAUCACCACAGUGGAUCGAUCAGUCUCGACUGUACGCUGCUGGUGUUGGCCCAAACCGGCGUAUACGUGUACGGUAUGUUCAGCAUCGUCGGCAGCUACUUCUCGAUGAGGCAGGGUGUGCCGGGUGCUCGGGAGGGCCUGGUGGCGGAACUGUUCAGCCUGAUACAGACCUCGAUCCAGACGCUGUUCAUACUGAAUGCGGUGUGGCGCAAAUGUCGCGGCGCACAGCAAAACCGGACGAAACCGGGCAGGGAGAUUGUUACGUUCCUGCUGGUCGCCAACAUGGCGAUGUGGUUCAUCAACACGCUGAUCAAGGGACGGGCCAGCUUCCGGCCGUCGCAUCUCGACUUCUUCGGUACCUGGGCCUGGACGGUGAUAACGCACGUCUCGAUGCCGCUCGCCAUCUUCUACCGGUUCCAUUCGACGAUCUGUCUGUUCGAGGUGUGGAAAUCGACGUACAAGGUGAAGAUCACCGAUCACCACUAG